UUUUUUUCUUUUUUUUUUUUCAACAAUGACCAAAAGGUUUGUGCCUGCAUUUACUUUUCCCUUUCGAGGCAUUUGGUUUUUGAUUACACAUCCCAAGCAACUAUGGCUCAAGACAAUGAGUCCGAUUCUGUUGACCAUUUUGUUUAGUGCUUUCUCUGUAGGUUUUUCUUUCAAGUACUUAUUACCAGGCUUAGCUGAAAAACUAAUCAGCUGGCACUGGCCUCAUUGGAUGUCUUGGUUUAUCUCUAUUGUGUCAACCGUGCUUGAAGGCGCUAUUAUCAAUUUGUUAUUCUUUGCCAUUUUAGUACCUAUCUUUCAAGACGCUGUCUUUGAUGCUACUUUGAGAGCCAGAGGUCUUGAGCGUAUUUUUGAAGAGGAAGAAGAAAGAGACACACCUUAUUUGGUGCUCUGUUGGCGUAACGUUCGAUCUUCUAUUCUGGUGACUUGGCUUUUGAUUACCAUCAAGAUUUUGCUUUUGGUCUUGACAGCACCUCUUCAACUCGUUCCCUUGGUUGGUAACGCACUUGCAUGCACUAUUAACGGUUGGCCAACGGCUUGGAAUUUACGUCUUCAUUAUGAUAUUGAGUUGCGCGGAUACAAGGUUUCUGAAUCCUAUCAUCAUGCUCGAGACAACAAAUGGACUUAUGUCAGUGUUGGUGCAUUUGCCUUUGCUCUGGAACUUAUUCCUUUGUUCAACAUCAUUUUCACUUGGACAAACAUCAUAGGUGCUGGUUUAUGGGUUGCUGAUGAGUAUGAAAGAGAACAGAAACUUGUGGCCAUUGAUAGUAAGGACCGAUCUGUUGUUUAUCCCAUUGCACAACCACCAAGCACUUCUGCUACAGACAAUGAAAGAACUCCUUUAUUGCAACAAUCAUAAGACCAACUUUUUCUGUAUUCCCCUUAUCUUUCCUUUUUCUUUGCAAUAAAAUCAAACUAGAGUGUAAAGAUUUUUUAGUGGAAACAUAAUUUGUACGACAAAGAAAAAUAAGUUCAGGUACCGAGAGGAGGAAACUUAUGGGAGAUUUUUUUUUACCAACGCCACAGAAAAGAGAUACUAC